AUGCAUAAUGCCGGGGUAAGCCCCGCUCCAAGGCUUCGGGCUUUGGGGGGCCUGGCGGUAGCGGCUCUUCUCUCGGCCCUGUGGCUCCUGUGGCUGCUCAGAUCAGCCCCUGGGGGAGCUCCGGCGCCCCAGCCCACAAUCACCAUCCUCAUCUGGCACUGGCCCUUCGCCAGCCAGCCCCCAGAGCUGCCCAGCAAUACCUGUGCCAGCUACGGUGUGGCCCACUGCCACCUGACCACCAACCGCAGCCUGCUGGCCAGUGCCAACGCCGUGGUCUUCCACCACCGAGAGCUGCAGACCCGGCAGGCCCGUCUGCCCCUGGCCGAGCGGCCGCAAGGCCAGCCCUGGGUGUGGGCCUCCAUGGAGUCGCCCAGCCACACCCGCGGCCUUGGCCGUCUCCGUGGGGUCUUCAACUGGGUGCUGAGCUACCGGCGUGACUCAGACAUCUUCGUGCCCUAUGGCCGCCUGGAGCCCCGGGAGGGGCCUGCGCCGCCACUGCCGGCCAAGAGCAGGGUGGCCGCCUGGGUGGUGAGCAACUUCCAGGGGCGGCAGCGGCGCGUGCAGCUGUACCGGCAGCUGGCGCCGCACCUGCAGGUGGACGUGUUCGGCCGCGCCAGCGAGCGGCCCCUGUGCGCCGACUGCCUGCUGCCCACCGUGGCCCGGUAUCUCUUCUACUUGUCCUUCGAGAACUCCCAGCACCAAGACUACGUCACCGAGAAGUUCUGGCGCAACGCACUGCUGGCCGGCACAGUGCCCGUGGUCCUGGGCCCCCCGAGGGCCACCUACGAGGCCUUCGUCCCGCCUGAUGCCUUUGUGCACGUGGACGACUUCGGCUCGGCCCACGAGCUGGCCGCCUUCCUCACUGGCAUGAACGAGAGCCGCUAUCGGCGCUACUUUGCCUGGCGAGACCGGCUCCGGGUGCGGCUGUUCGGCGACUGGCGGGAACGCUUCUGCGCCAUCUGCGCCCGCUACCCCCACCUGCCCCGUGGCCAGGCCUACCAGGACCUCGAGGGCUGGUUCCAGGCCUGA